GUCGCGGUCCUUCUACGUCAUCACUCCGCGUCAGGAAACCACCAUCAGCUCAACACAUCUGACACACACAAGAUCAAACCUCUCCUCUCUCAGACGUUGACCUGAUCAUCUUCAACUCAUCACAGUGAGGUGAAAGCUAUGUGGGAAAAAGCAGAGGAAACAAACCCACAGGAAGGAGGAGGAAAGAAGAGGAAAUACCCCGGUGGUGAUGAUGGGGAAGGAGAAGAGAGAAAGAAGUGGGGAGGUGAAGAAGGAGAGAGGAGUAAGGGAGACGGUGGAAGGAAGCGCCUGGACGCCAUGAGUGUGGGAUAUUUCCGCCGAGUCGGAGAGAGACUAGCUGACGGUUUUGAAGAUAAAGAGGAGAGAGCGAUGUUUGUGGAGAAUGUGCUCUCUGAAGUCAAAGGUAAAGCGAUGUUGGUGGCGAUGGACUGCACAGGAAGCAUCACCCUGCAGCGGCUGCUCCCUCUGUCCAGCCCUGAGCAAGUGGGAGAGGUGCUGGCUGAACUGGGCGGAGAAUCCGGCUCAGACAUUGCGGUGGUUUCCUGCGAUCGCUGCGGGGGCCACGUCGUGGAGAGUGCAGUCAGACAGAUGUCCAGGUGGACGGAGUCUUCCCAGAAGGAGUCGUCUGAUACCACAGAAGGAGAAGAGGAGAGUUUUGAAUUGCUGGAGGCGCAGGUGUUGUCUCUCAGUCAGGUGGUCAGAGACAACAUUGAAGAGUUCAUCCAACAUGUCCAUGGCUCACACGUGGUCCGCACACUUCUACACCUGUUGGCAGGCUGCCUCGGACCCCCCCGCACUGAAUCCCGUCAAGGUCCAAAAGGGCGCGGUGUCGCUCCUCCGCUGACAGACUUUGAGAUUCCCACGUCAUUUUGGUACGAGCUGAAAAGCCUCACAGAGACCUUGAUGGAAAACAUUAAUCUGAGCGUGACAGAUGCUGUUGCCAGCGCAGUGUUCCAGACCAUGUUGACUGUCUGUCACAGGAAAAGGCCCAAGCUCUGCAAACAGCUCCUCAAACAAAUCAUGGCGUACCUGACGAGUCGCAGUGCUGCUCCAGGACUGAGUCCACUUCUGGUCUUCCUGAAGGAUCAAGCUUCAAGUCACCUCAUUGAGACGAUCAUACAGCUAUCCCACAAGCCCCUUCUGCGUGACCUCUACAAGAACCAUCUCAAGGGUCACAUGGUAGACCUAGCCCUCCAUCCCAUCGCCAACUUUCCAAUACAGCGUCUGACUGCAGCGUCAGCCAAAUACAAGAUGUUCCUGAAGUUGUUUGAUGAGCUAAUCCAAGGUGUGGAGGCCGUCUUGGCCUCAGGUCACAUGGGGGUGAUCAUCCAGCUGGCGGAGAGCUGUGCAGAGAGCGAAGAGAAACAGGACGAGAUGCUGCAGUGUCUCCUGCGUGCGUUCCACUGCGCUGAGCCCGGCUCCCGGCAAGUCAGCUGCCUCCCCCUUUUCAUGUCCCUGCUCACCUACGAGGUGUACUACCACUCUGAAACAGCAGAGGGCGGCACAUCAACAGAGGUCCCGCUGUCGUCCAUCUGUUAUCAUGGCUCGCGGCUGGUCCAGGCACUGUCCAAGUUCAAGGAGCGCUCGGUCCUCCUCAGCAGCCUGCGAACCCUGAGCCCGGCUGACCUUCUGACGCUGGCCUCUGACCCUGCGGGCAGCCACGUCCUCCAGGCCCUCAUCACCACAUCCAGCGACAAAGGGAGGGGAAAGAUCCUUAGGAGACUGGAGGGGUUGCAUGUUCAGAUGGCUUGCUCCAGGCUGGGCAGUCGGGUGCUGGAAGCCAUAUGGAACAGUGCAUCCGUGAAUCAGAGGCAAAGCAUCGCACAGGACCUAGUUCCAAGUGAAAACCAGCUGAGGUCGCAUCAGUUCGCUCGUCACGUGUGGGCCAAAUUCGCUCUCUCCCACUUUGUGCACAGACGAGCGCACUGGCAGGAAAUACAGGCGGGCGAGUCCAAGAAGAGGAAGCUUUUCAGUGACAUUCUGGAAUAGAAAUUCUUAACAGCUUUCAUUGUUAUUUCCUACAUAUGUUCAUCAAAUAAAAUAGCAAAUUGUC